CAGAGGAAGACAGGAGGAUGACAGGAAUUAUGUGAACCUGGCUGUGUGUAUAUUCUGUUCGCUAGAUUGUGUUAUGAGGGGAUAUUGCCUGUCGGAAAGCAUGGGCUUUGUGCGAACUCCGCGAGAGCGAAGCGCGAAGUUUGGACUUUAAGGUUCGGGAGUGGAGUAAUGAUUCAUAGGCAGGUCAUAUUAUCCCAGAACUUGUACCAGAACCGGUUCCUGGGCCUGGCGGCCAUGGCCUCUCCCGCCCCGCGGAGCGCCGGCCGGCGGCGGAGCAAGGACGCCCAGCGGCACAGCUACAACCCCGAGCAGUUCCGCGGCCUGGGGCUGCAGAACGGCGAGGCCGCGGGGGGCCCGGGCCUGGGCCUGGGGCCCCGCUCCACCAGCGACACCGACCUGCUCACCUCCCACGGCCGCUCGGCGCUCACCGCCAGCGCCGCCCAGUACACCAUCGGCCAGUCGCCGGACGUCCUGCUCUGCUGGGACAUCAAGGAGGAGGUGGACGCCGGGGACUGGAUCGGCAUGUACCUCCUGGACGAGGUGCUCUCGGAGAACUUUCUGGACUACAAGAACCGCGGCGUCAACGGCUCCCACCGGGGCCAGAUCGUGUGGAAGAUCGAGGCCAGCUCGUACUUCGUGGAGCUGGAAACGAAGAUCUGCUUUAAGUACUACCAUGGUGUGACCGGAGCGCUCCGAGCCACUACGCCCAGCGUCACGGUGAAGAACCCGUCUGCUCCUGUGUUCAGGCCCGUGUCCACUGAGGAGGCCACUCAGACCUGCGGGAGCCGCCGGCUCAUCAGCUUCUCUCUGUCAGACUUCCAGGCUCUGGGGCUGAAGAAGGGCAUGUUCUUUAACCCCGACCCGUACCUGAAGAUCGCCAUCCACCCCGGCAAGCACAGCAUCUUCCCCGCCCUGCCCCACCACGGCCAGGAGAAGCGCUCGGGCAUCGUGUACAACACCGUCAACCCCGUGUGGCAGAGAGAGCGUUUCAGUUUCGUGUCCUUGCCCACGGACGUGCUGGAGAUCGAGGUGAAGGACAAGUUUGCCAAAAGCCGUCCCAUCAUCAAGCGCUUCCUGGGCAAGCUGUCCAUGCCCGUCCAGAGGCUGCUGGAGAAGCACGCCAUUGGGGACCGUGUGGUCAGCUACACCCUGGGCCGGAGGCUUCCCACGGAACACGUCAGCGGGCAGCUGCAGUUCCGAUUCGAGAUCACUUCCUCCAUUCACCAAGAUGACGAGGACCUGUCGGUCAGCACUGAGGCUGAUCGCCCCGCUGGCGCCUGUGCGCCAGGCCCCGAGGUGGGCGGGGCCACGGGCCCAGAGGUGGGCGGAGCCACGGGCCCCGCGAACGAGGCCCUGGCCGAGGACGCUGUCAGCGUGGGGCCCGAGGCCCCCGAGCUGCCCCUGGAUGGGGCCCCUGGGACGAGCGCAGAGGGGGCCGCGGGGGCCACUGCAGAGGCGGGGCAGCCAGAGGAGGGCGGGGCCGGGGAGGCGGAGGAGGGCGGAGCCGGGGAAGAGGGGCGGGUCUCCUCGGGUCCGGCGAGCAAGUUCGGAGAAAGCGAUCUUGGAGGAGGGGCCGAAGGGGCCGUCCCAGAGGGGGAGGCGGCUGGGGUGGGUGAUGGAGAGAGCGGGACGGCGGGGGAGGGGCCCCAGCAGCAGCAGCAGCGGGAUGGGGAAGGGGGAGGGGCCGGCUGCUCCCCGUGCAUGAGGACCAACCCCAAACGCAAGAGCCGGCCCUAUUCGCUCCCCGUGUCCGAGCUGGAGACCGUCAUGGCCUCGGACUGCGGCGAGCCGGAGACGCCUCGAACCCACUACAUCCGGCUGCACCGGCUGCUGCACAGCCUGCCGUCCGCCCGGCUCAGCCAGGACUCCGACCCGGACCCCGAACCUGAGCCCGAACCCGGGGCCGGGGCCGAGCCUGACCCCAGCACCGACCCCGACCCCGACCCCGACCCCCAGGACCAGGGGCUCAGACCCCCCGAGGCCGAGGGAGGGGCCAGGGAGCCGGGUGAGGAGGAGGAGGAGGGCGACGCCCCCGAGGUGCCGGAGAGCCCCGCCCCCCUCCCCAGGAGGACCCUCCCCUGCAGCUUGUCCAUCGAGCACCUCUCGGACCUGUCCCAGCUGCUGGAGAGCGAGGACGCCCCCGGCGACGGGGGUGGGGCCCUCGCCAAAAACCACGGCGACGGCGACCCCUCCUACAGCAGCGCCGGCCUGCGGGGGCGGAGCCACUUCUGCGGCCACGCCCGCUUCUCCUCGGUGGACAGCGCCCGCCUGUCGGACAGCACCGUCUUCUCCUCGCAGGAGGAAGAGGAGGAGGAGGAAGAGGAGAGCUGCGCCUUCGAGUCCGCGCCGGACGCGUCCCGGAGCCCGGGGGCCCGGGAGGCGGGAAACGGGACGGCCCAGGGCCAGGAGGGGAGCCCCCAAAACGGGCCUGAUUGCGGGGGGUCUCCCGUGCCCGGACCUAGCAGCAGAGCCACAGGCUGCCCCUUGCCAUCCAGUCACCAUACCGUCAGCCAGCUUCCUGCUUUGCGACCUCACCCGCACCAUUACCCAACCGUCGACGAACCGCUGCCACCAAACUGGGAGGCUCGGAUCGACAGCCACGGCCGGGUGUUCUACGUGGACCACGUGAACCGCACCACCACCUGGCAGCGGCCCACCUCCGCCGCCACGCCCGACGGAAUGCGCCGGUCCGGCUCCAUGCAGCAGAUGGAGCAGCUCAACCGGAGGUACCAGAACAUCCAGAGGACCAUGGCAACGGAGACGAGUGAUGCGGAGAGCGGGGGACAGAGGAGCGAGAGAGCAGACAGUGAGACAGACUCUCCUCCACAGGCCAACGAGGUAAGGAGGGAUCCUCCCGCGCCCCCGCCCAGCGGUCAGAAGGUCACCCAGCAGCUGCAGUGUCCCGCGGUCAAGUUCAUCACCCACCCGGAGUUCUUCACCAUCCUGCACGCCAACUACGGGGCGUACCGGAUGUUCACUAACAGCACGUGUCUGAAGCACAUGGUCCUGAAGAUCCGGCGGGACGCGCGCAGCUUCGAGCGCUACCAGCACAACCGCGACCUGGUGGCCUUCCUCAACAAGUUCGCCGACACCCAGCUGGAGCUGCCGCGCGGCUGGGAGAUCAAAACAGACCCGCAGGGGAAGUCCUUCUUUGUGGACCACAACUGCCGGGCGACCACCUUCAUCGACCCCAGGGUCCCCCUGCAGAACGGCCGCCUGCCCAACCACCUGACCCACAGGCAGCACCUGCAGCGGCUGCGCAGCUACAGCGCAGGAGAGGCGUCGGAGGUGUCCCGUAGUCGAGGGGCGUCUCUGCUCGCCCGUCCCGGGAACAGCCUGGUGGCGGCGGUGCGGAACCAGCACCACCCGGAACCCGUGCCCCUCACUUAUAACGAUAAGAUCGUGGCGUUCCUACGGCAACCAAACGUCUUCGAGAUGCUCCAGGAGCGUCAGCCGAGCCUGUCCAGGAACCACGCCCUCAGGGAGAAGGUGCACUACAUCAGGACAGAGGGAGCGCACGGAGUGGAGAAGCUCUCCUGUGAUGCUGACCUGGUCAUACUGUUGAGCCUGUUUGAGGAGGAGAUCAUGUCCUACGUCCCGCUGCAGUCCUUUCACCCCGGGUUCAGCUUCUCGCCCCGCUGCUCGCCUGGAUCGUCGCCCCAAAACUCCCCAGGACUCCAGAGGGCCAGAGCGCCCGCCCCCUACCGCAGAGACUUCGAGGCCAAGCUGCGCAACUUCUACAGGAAGCUGGAGGCUAAGGGCUACGGGCAGGGCCCGGGCAAGAUCAAGUUGAUCAUCAGCCGAGAGCACCUGCUGGAGGGAACCUUCAACCAGGCCAUGGCCUACUCCCGAAAGGAGCUGCAGAGGAACAAGCUCUACAUCACCUUUAUUGGGGAGGAGGGCCUGGACUACAGCGGCCCAUCGCGGGAGUUCUUCUUCCUGCUGUCCCAGGAGCUGUUCAACCCGUACUACGGCCUGUUCGAGUACUCCGCCAACGACACCUACACCGUGCAGAUCAGCCCCAUGUCCGCCUUCGUGGAGAACCAUCUGGAAUGGUUCCGAUUCAGUGGUCGCAUUCUGGGCCUGGCGUUGAUCCACCAGUACCUGCUGGACGCCUUCUUCACCCGGCCCUUCUACAAGGCCCUCUUAAGGCUGUGA